AUGUCUCAUCUCACAGAACUUUUCAAGUAUGUGGACGACCACCAGGACCUGUAUGUGCAGCGCCUCGCUGAGUGGGUGGGUGUCCAGAGUGUGUCUGCUUGGCCUGAGAAGCGCGGGGAGAUCAAAAAAAUGAUGGAGAUGGCAGCGAAGGACAUCGAGAGGCUGGGAGGGACUGUGGAGUUGGUGGACGUUGGCAAGCAGAAGCUUCCCUCAGGAGAGGAGAUCCCCCUGCCUCCUAUCAUCCUGGGGCAGUUGGGAUCAGACCCAGCCAAGAAGACGGUGUGUAUUUACGGGCACCUUGAUGUUCAGCCAGCAAACAUCGAUGAUGGCUGGGACACGGAGCCUUUCACUCUGGUGGAGAAAGACGGUAAGCUCUAUGGACGAGGAUCUACUGAUGACAAGGGUCCAGUGUUGGCCUGGUUUAACUGUAUUGAAGCGUAUCAGAAGAUCGGAAAGGACCUUCCCAUCAACAUCAAAUUCUGCUUCGAGGGGAUGGAAGAAUCUGGAUCUGAAGGUCUGGAUGAUCUUGUGUUUUCUAGAAAGGACACUUUCUUUAAAGACGUGGACUACGUCUGCAUCUCUGACAACUACUGGCUGGGCAAGAACAAACCCUGCAUCACCUACGGCCUGAGAGGAAUCUGCUAUUUCUUCAUUGAGGUGGAGUGUGGUGGAAAGGACUUGCACUCAGGGGUGUUUGGUGGCUCUGUUCAUGAGGCCAUGACCGACCUCAUCGCACUUAUGGGCUCCCUGGUUGACAAAAGGGGUAAGAUUUUGGUUCCUGGGAUCUAUGACAGUGUGGCGCCUCUGACAGCAGAGGAGCAAAAGCUGUACGAGAAGAUCGACUUUGACUUGGAUGAGUACUGUAAAGAUGUGGGGGUUUGCCGGCUGCUGCAUGACACAAAGGAGCAAAUCCUCAUGCACCGUUGGAGAUAUCCUUCUCUUUCCCUUCAUGGUAUUGAGGGGGCUUUCUCUGAAGCAGGAGCCAAGACGGUUAUUCCUCGCAAGGUCAUCGGCAAGUUUUCCAUCCGCCUUGUGCCUGACAUGGACCCCAAAGUUGUGGAGAAGCAGGUCGUCGAUCAUCUGCAGAAGAAGUUUGCUGAACUGGGAACCCCCAAUAAACUGAAAGUGAACAUGGGCCAUGGGGCAAAGGCCUGGGUCUCAGACUUCAACCACCCACACUACAUGGCAGGGAGAAAGGCCAUGAAGACAGUCUUCGGGGUCGAGCCUGAUCUGACUCGCGAGGGCGGCAGCAUCCCGGUCACCCUGACCUUCCAGGAGGCCACAGGCCGUAAUGUCAUGCUGCUUCCUGUAGGGUCCUCUGAUGAUGGAGCUCACUCUCAGAAUGAAAAGAUCAACAGAUCAAACUACAUUCAGGGAGUCAAGCUGCUGGGAGCGUACUUCCAUGAGGUCUCUCUGCUGGAGUGAUUUGAUGGUGUCUCAUAAUGACAGGUGUAAUAUAUGCUCAUCCUUCAUUUCAGUACAUAAACUUAACCUAAACUGGAAUUACCUUUCACAAUGAACGGUUUUAUACACCCUGCUGAUAAUAAAAGUGUUUUUCGUACUU